CCUGGAGGACCCGGCUGUUCGUUCGGCAAUUUGUCCUUAGAGCUGAGCUAAGAUCUCUCAGCCAUCCCUCGGAAACAAGAUCUCUCUGCCUUCUGGAAGUCAGCGCUGCCUGUGCAGGUCCCAGGCCAGCCUCCUGCCCAGGAAGAGAAGGGAAAGACAUCUCUGCCCCUCUGGAAUCCUUGUCCUUCCUCAGUCCAGUCUGCAGAGGAGAAAGGCCUGGCCCAAGCAGGGAGCCCAGAUCCAAAAGGAAUGGCCCCUGAGACUCAGAGACCCCCACCCCAGGAGUUGGUGACAUUCCAGGAUGUGGCUGUAGACUUCACCCAGGAGGAGUGGGGCCUCUUGGACCAUUCUCAGAAAGAGCUGUACAAGAAGGUCAUGCUGGAGAAUGUCCAGAACCUGCUGUCCCUGGGGCUUCCAGUUUCUAGAGAAGAUCUGAUCUCCCCUUUGCACCAAGGGGAAGCACCAGGGAUACUAGAGCAAAAAGACCCAAGGAAGUCCUGGCCAGAUGCAGAAACCAAGUUUGAAAUGAAUGAGACAACUACAGAGCUGAGAAUUUUUAUGGAAGAAUCUGGUCAGCAAAGAUUCAUGAGUGAUGGGCCAUGUGACUUCAAUUUGAGAGAAAUCCACAACUCUAAUAUGAAAAUGGAUAAAAUUUCGAAGAGUCACUGUGAAGUUGAUGAAAUUGGAAAGAGAGUCAGACAGUCUUCAGUCCUAAAUAACUGUAAGGAAAUGACCUCAGGGAAUGACUGUCUUCAGGAUAGUGAAUAUAGCAGAUGCUUUCCUGAACAAGUAGAGUUUUUUCAGCCCCAGGAGAAGCCUCCUGAAAUGCAAAUAUAUCAAGGUAAUCAACAGGAAAUGGCCAUUAGCUGGAGUUCAGAGCUCAUUAGAGAUCAUGAAAAUACUGGCGAAAUGCUUUAUGUAAGUAAUAAAGGUAGAACGGUCUUUAAGCAAAACUCUAACCUUAUGACUCAUCAGAAACUUCACAUUAUAAAGGAGCCUGAUGAAUAUAAUGAAUGUGAAAUAACCUUAUCCCAUCACUCAUCUCUUCCUUACCAUCCUAGAUUUCAUACUGGAAUGAAAACAUAUGCUUGUAAUCAGUGUGGGAAGGCCUUUGAUUGGAACUCAGAUCUUAUUAAACAUCAGAAGAUUCAUAUUGGAGAGAAGUUUUAUAAAUGUAAUGAAUGUGGAAAGGGUUUCUGCUACAAAUCAGUCCUUAUUGGCCAUCAGAGAAUCCACACUGGAGAGAAAUCUUAUGAAUGUAAUCCAUGUGGAAUGACUUCAGAUACUGUUUUACAUCAGAGAAUCCACACUGGGAAGAAAACCUAUAAUUAUAAUCAAUAUGAAAAGCCUUUCACACAGAGUUCCAAUAUUGCUGUAAAUCAGAGAAUCCAUGCUGGAGAGAAACCUUAUGAAUGUAAUCAAUGUGGAAAGACUUUCCGAAAAAAGUGCCAUCUUGCUGCCCAUCAGCGAAUCCACACUGGAGAGAAACCUUUUGGAUGUAAUCAAUGUGGAAAGACUUUCAAGCAGAGCUCCAAUCUUACUGUACAUCAGAGAAUUCACACUGGAGAGAAACCUUUUGAAUGUAAUAAAUGUGGAAACACUUUCCGAACAAACUCCCAUCUUGCUGCUCACCAGAGAAUCCACACUGGAGAGAAACCUUAUGAAUGUAAUCAAUGUGAAAAGGCUUUCAGAAAAAGCUCCAGUCUUGCUGCACAUCAGAGAAUCCACACUGGAGAGAAACCUUUUGAAUGUAAUCAGUGUGGAAAGGCUUUUACACAGAGGGCCAAUUUUGCUACACAUCAGAGAAUCCACUCUGGAGAGAAACCUUAUGAAUGUAACCAGUGUGGAAAGGCUUUCACAGUAAGGGGCAAUCUUGCUGCACAUCAGAAAAUCCACACUGGAGAGAAACCUUUUGAAUGUAAUCAAUGUGGAAAGGCUUUCAAAUACAGCCCUAGUCUUGCUAGACAUCAACGAAUUCACACUGGAGAGAAACCUUUUGAAUGUAAUCAAUGUGGAAAGACUUUCAGAUACAGCUCCAGUCUUGGUAAGCAUCAGAAAAUCCACACUGGAGAGAAACUUUAUGAAUGUGAUCAGUGUGGAAAAGUUUUCACAAAGAGCUCCAGUCUUGCCAGACACCAGAGAAGCCACACUGGAGAGAAACAUUAUGAAUAUAACCAAUGUGGAAAGGUUUUCAUACAGAAAGCCAAUUUUGCUAAACCUGAGAGAAUCCACACUGGAGAGAAACCUCAUGAAUGUAAUCAAUGUGGAAAGGCUUUCACAGGAAACUCCCAUCUUGCUGUACAUCAGAAUAUCCAUACUGGGGGGAAACAUUAUGAAUGUAAUCAAUGUGGAAAGACUUUCCAAAAGGACUCCCAACUUGCUGCCCAUCAGAGAAUCCACACUGGAGAAAAAUCUUAUGAAUUGUUGAAAGAAUUUCACAGUGAAUGGCAGUCUUGUGGCAAUCAGAGAAUCCACACUGCAGAGAAACCUUUUGAAUGUAAGCAAAGUGGAAAGACUUUCACCCAGAGCUCUAGUCUUGCUCUAGUUUCCAGUCAGAGAAUCCACACUGGAGAGAAGGCUUAUGAGUGUCACACAUAUACAUGA